CUGAGCCGAUCUGAUGGUCCCCCUAUCGAGGUACGGGCCGUAAUAUACAGCGGGACUCAAAACCUCACGAGUAGCCUAAUAUCUCUCGGUGAACCGGAUUUUUCGUGUUUUCUUUUUCACAAAAGUUCUUUAUAUCCUCGAAGGAACGCACUUGUCCUGUUAGGCGUACAUUUCAAAACAAUCUUCUCCGCCGCCGAACAAGCCGGAUUCUACAGACCCGCUGUUCAAAGGGUAGAACAUAUCGGAUUUGGUGUUGUUCUGGGUGAAGACAAGAAGAAAUUCAAGACCCGAUCAGGUGAAACCGUUCGUUUGGUUGAUUUACUGGACGAGGGUCUCGAGCGAUCCAAAAACCGUCUAAUUGAAAAGGGUCGAGAUAAAGAACUCACUGAAGAGGAAUUCAAAAACGCUCAAGAGGCGGUGGCUUACGGAUGUAUCAAGUAUGCGGAUUUGUCACAUAACCGCAUAAAUGAUUAUGUUUUCUCUUUCGAUAAGAUGCUCGAGGACAAAGGAAACACCGCGGUGUAUUUGCUGUAUGCUUACACGCGUAUUCGAAAUGUGAGCCUGUAUUUCCAUCUACAGAAGUCAUUCCGCAAUUUGGUGUUGAACCUUCCGGCUACACGUCAGCAGGUGAUGUAG